GUCCAGAGUCGAUUGUAGCCUACGAUGACCUGUAGUAGGAAAACCCAUAAAAAGAGAGAAAACCAUAAGGACAAACAACCAUGUGACCACAGACACCACCAAUCAGGACUCGAUUACGGCACUGAACAUCUCCACCCAAACUUCGGAGGAAAGUGGGUUUCAUAACAACCGUGCGUAAACUGGAAAUAACUCGGCAUCCAUACGGCACGCGUCCUGCAUGAUUUCGACUGAAGACAUGACGAAACAAAUCCCACCACAGACGGCGCAGCCAUGUUUAAACCAGGGGGCUCUUUGGGACUCGGUGAAGCAGGCAGCCUUCUUCAUCGGCUCAGGACUCUUCUUCCUCGUGGCAUGCCGCAACUCUGUCAUGUGGCACCUGCAGAGCUUCUGGGGUGCAUCAGGGGACUUCUGGCAGACCACCUGGAGUAAACUGCUGCUGCACUUUGAAGGACGUGAGACACUCUUCUUCCUGGGCACAAUGCUGAUCCCGAAGGCUACCUUUUGGCUGCUGAAUGGUCUGCUCAUGGUGGUUGACUCCACUGGCAAACCAAGCUUCAUCACGCGCUACCGCAUCCAACAGGACAAGAACAGCCCGGUGGACCCUGAGCGUCUGCGCCGUGCGGUGAAAGUGGCGUUGUGUAACCAGCUGUUCCUGUCGGGGCCGAUGGUGCUGGCUGCCCACCAGCUGGUGAAGGCCACAGGGGAGCCCCUGCACCCACAGCUGCCCACCUUCCCCCGGGUACUAGUGGAGCUCAGCUUCUGUCUACUGGUGCAGGAGGUGCUGUUCUACUACUCACACAGGAUGUUCCACCACCCUGCUCUUUAUAAGCACAUUCAUAAGAUGCAUCACGAGUGGACGGCUCCUAUGGGGGUGGUCUCCGUUUACGCACAUCCCAUCGAACAUGUGGUGUCCAACUUGCUGCCAGUUGUGAUGGGUCCAGUCCUGCUGCGCUCCCACUUGAGCACCACUGUGCUGUGGUACACUCUCGUGCUCAUCAUCACCACCAUCGACCACUCUGGAUACCACCUGCCCUUUCUCAAAUCGCCCGAGUUCCACGACUUCCACCACCACAAGUUCAACCAGUGCUAUGGUGCCCUGGGUGUGUUGGACCGUCUCCAUGGCACCGACGACAAGUUCCGCCAGAGCAAAGCCUACGAGAGACACACCAUUCUACUCGGCCUCACACCCCUCACAGAGUCCAUACCAGAGCCUGCCAAGAAGUCACAGUGAACACACACACACACACACACACACACACACACACACACACACACACACAUACACGCGCACACACACACACACACACACACACACACACACACACACACACACACACACACACACACACACACACACAUACACACACACACACACACACACACACACAGUGUACCUUCUGCAGUAUUAUACCAGCUUAAAAGCAAAUCAUUUU